CUCACGCAAUUUUUUUCCCUCCAUAUUAUGUACAGGCUUUUCUCUCUCACCUAUAAGAAUACACGAACAGCAAUUUUCUUUCAAAGAAAAAGUGAUUUCUUUUAAAUGAGCUUGCAGAGUUUGCGGAUAUAAUGUUCACAAUGAAGUUGCUCCUUAUUGCAGCUGUUCUUCUUAAUAUUAUGAAUGCAGGUGUUUUUGGAGCAGAUCCUGAUCCUCUUGCAGACUACCCUAAAGGAGUUAAAAACUUUACUCUUCGUGAUAUUUUCACUAAUGGGCAUGUUACUAUAGACUCAGGAGGAGUACGUGCUGCCACUUCGGGACCCAAUGCCAAGUUUCCUGCAGCGAAAUCACAGGGCCUGGAAAUCGUGAGGUUCAAGAUGGUUCCAUGUGGGGUAAAUUUACCACACACGCAUCCACGAGCCACAGAAAUGCUAACCCUUAUCUCAGGAGGGCCUAUUCAAGUUGGUUUUGUUGACACUGAUGGUCAAGCUUUCAUCGAUAUUCUGCACCCUGGAGAUGUCACCAUUUUUCCGAGGGGAUUGAUGCAUUUUGAAAUGAAUGUGGGUUGCGAAGAAGCUCAAUAUAUCUCUGCUCUCAACAGUCAAAAUCCUGGUGUGCUGACAACCAGCGAGGCCAUAUUGAAGUUUCCAUUGAGAACCGUGGCAACUGCCUUCAACAUCACCACACAGCAUGUGAAAGAAUUACAGUCGACGAUAUAUCCGUAUGGGAUUGGACUAAAGAGAACAUCCAAAAGUGGUUGUGUUCCCGGAAAAGAUGUCACUGUAGACUAUUAGAUUAUAUAUUAUUCUGUAACUGCUCACACAAAUAAAGGGCAUCUAUUGUUUACGAUGCUUGUUCUUACUGGAUCUGAGAGUUUUUUGUCUAGCAAAAACAAUCAGAUUCGGAAGAGUGAAUGGUGUGUAAUGAUUCUUAUGAAGGCUUUUAUGUUGCAAAUCAUUUUUUUAUACUUCUUUUAUUUAGAGUUGAGAAAUGAGGGAUCCAUUUCAAUCGAGAUAUUUCAGUCUCAACUCCAUCUUGUAUUCAGCAAGUUACACUUUGAAAACUGAACAAAUUUUUUCUUUUAGGGUUUCAUUUCAAACCCUGAAGUGUUACAAUGUUUAAUUUAUAUGUUGGCUGCGUUUUAUCUUC